CCGGGUCAGGGCUGUGAGAUUCUCAGUUCUUCACCAUACAUUUCACCCUGCUGCUGCUUUAAGGAUCUUCUCCAACCAUGUCUGCUGACAUCAUGAAAGAUCCCUCUGUCGUGUUCAUCCGUGGCCCUGGUGAUGGCAUGGAGACGGCCAAACCUGCGCCGAGCCUGGAGAUGUCCGUGGAGACUCUGCCUCUAAAGAUAUCUCUACCUCGACAGUGUCCCAGGACUGCGCUGGUGUCCCCUGGUGUCCUUCAUCUGGGAAAAGUGAGCAGGGACUCUUGCACCGAGGUGGAGGCCGUGCGUAUCAUCGUACCACGUGCCGCCAUCAUCCGUAGCGUCCGAGCCGGUGCCCACGCUGACAGCAAGACGGACGAAAGAGGAUCAGGGUCUCCCCACCAUGGUGAGGAUCGUCCCCCGUCCCCUUCCUCAGAGCCACAGGACUAUAAGAGCGUUGUGGAGAAGCUUCAGAACUCCGAGCGCAGGCUGCUGCAGGACAAGGAGGGGCUUUCAAACCAGCUGCGUGUUCAGACCGAGGUAAACAGGGAGCUGAAGAAACUCCUUGUGGCCUCAGUAGGCGACGACUUGCAGUAUCACUUCGAGCGAAUGUCGCGGGAGAAGAACCAGCUCAUUCUGGAGAACGAGGUUCUGGGCCGCAACCUGGCGCAUACGGCCGAGCAGCUGGAGCGCAUGAGCAUUCAGUGUGACGUGUGGAGGAGCAAAUUCCUCGCCAGCCGAGUGAUGGCUGAGGAGUUGACUAAUGCCCGAGCUGCUCUCCAGCGACAGACCAGAGAGGCCCAAACUGCCAUUCAGGACCUGCUGCGUGAGAGAGAGGAGUUCUCCCGAGACAUGAUGCACACACACAGAUCUCUGGAGCAGCUUCUAGUCUCGUUACAGUGGGGUAGACAGCAAACCUACUACCCCAGCGCACAGCCGCUCAGCACCGGAGAACUGGCUGCGGCCAAUCACAAGCUGGCUGACGCCAUCAACUCGCACCUGCUGGGAAACAUAAGCAAGAGCGGCGCGAGCGUGAAGAGCGGUUCAGCUUCAGAACUCUGCAACACACCGGCUGAGAAGAUGGCUGAAAAGGUACUCAGGAUUCUGGAUCCCAUAUCCUGCCCGGACACCGCGGACGACUCGGGAACUAGCGACUCCAGCGCUUCUCCUUUCCUUCCCAAUAAGAAAAGCAUCGGACGUUUCCACCCGUACACUCGCUAUGAGAACAUCACCUUUAACUGCUGCGAGCGCUGCACUGGCGAGCUGAUCGUGCUCUAAGACAAGCUCACAUUAAAGCGAUACACCAGUGGUUUUUUUUUUUUAUAAAUAUUUAUUUAUUUUUAAAACCCAGUCUCUACUUACUGCAUCUGUAUGAAAUUCAAUUUGUGCCAAAAGUAUUGAAAAACGCUCUGAAACUGAAACGCAAAAAUCUAACAUCCAUCCAUCCAUCUUCUACACUGCUUAUCCUACAGAGUCGCGGGGAACCUGGAGCCUAUCCCAGGGAACAUGGGGGACAAGGCGGGGGACACCCUGGACGGGGUGCCAAUCCAUCACAGGGCACAAUCACAUACACAUUCAUACACUACGGACAAUUUGGACAUGCCAAUCAGCCUACCAUGCCUGUCUUUGGACUGGGGGAGGAACAACAAUCUACCACGGUCUUUAAAUUUUACGUUUACGUUCGCCAUUCUGGCACGAAGCUCUCGAGUGGGCGGGUUUAACAGCGAUUUGUUCUCAUUGGCUAGUGAGAUUCUGAUUGACCGCUCCCUGACCAGGAAGCAGACGCUUCAGUGGCGCAAAUUUUGGGAGAGCGUCCUGGAUGCGGUUCUCUGUUUUUUACUUUGCAGUGGAAAUGACUUUCUUAAUUUUUUGGAGGUUUGGGUCGUCUCAUAUGACUAUUUAAAUUUUGUACUUUUUUUUUUAGAUGAGCUCUCAGGAGCGACACGAAGCAGCGUCAUCGUCGUUAUAGUCAUAAUCCUCCUCCUCAGCUGGACCCUCAAUCUGUCGAUCCAAAUCUCCCUAGCCCAUGAGAGUAAAUCACUAUUAAGCCCCGCCCACACGGGAGAGUAGUGCCAGGAUGUAAACGAAGACUCCCUCAGCAGAGCAUUCAUAAAGCAUGAUUAGGGAAAAGGAAGCUUAUUGUUUAUUUGAAGACCACGUUCAAGUUUUGCCACCGAGUUCACUGUGUUCGUUUCUUGAAAAGUUACCUUCAAUACUUUUAGCACAAGUUUACUUCUAUUAACAGUUGUGCCCAAAAGUUUGUAUACCCCAUUGCAUUAUCUGUUAACAAAAUAAGACGGAUGAUAAAAAUCCCAUGUUGUUUUGUUAUUUAGUCCUGGUACAUUAAGAGCCAGGGGGGUGUAAAUUUUUGAACAGGAUGAUCAGUGUAAAUUAUUUUGUUUAAAGAUCUUUUUUUUUCAUGUAGUACUGCCCUUCAGACACUAAAUAACAUCUCACGUCUCCCAGAAGACAAAAUACUAACAAUUUACACCCAUCAUCCUGUUCAAAAGUUUACACCCCCCUGGCUCUUAAUGUACCGUGUUGCCUUCUUGAGCAUCAGUGAAUGUUUACACCUUUUGUAAUAGUCGUGUACGAGUCCCUCAGUCGUCCUCAGUGUGAACAGAUGGAUCUGAACAUCAUAUAGUCGCUGUUGGAAAGGGGUCAAAUAUGCAGAAGAUGCUGGAAAAGUAAAGAAUGUGCAGGACCUGGAGGAUUUUUCUGAAGAACAGUUUAACUGCUCAGGACAAACAAGGGACUCAUGAAGAACUCUCACAAAACAUAAACACAGUCUCUGAUCAUCCAGGUAACGACACGCAGUGUUAAUAAUCAAGGGUGUGUAAACUUUUGGACGGGGUAAUUUUUAUAAAUUCAGUUAUCAUCUUGUCUUGUGGACUAUAUGUGAACAUCUGUUAUGUGAAAUAGUUUAUUCAGGACAGAACUAAUUAAAUAACAACAUGGGAUUUUUAUCAUCCAUCUUAUUUUGUUAACAGUAUUAAGAUUGAACAGAUUCCGCAAGGGGUAUACAAACUUUUGGGCACGACUGUACAUCUGUAGUGUUUGUGAUGACUACGAGCAAGAACUUUGACACUUUUGCUCGUACAGAGUCGAGGCUGUUUUCCGUUCUUCUCCCAGUGUCCGUGUUGUUGAGAAACAUUACAGAUGUAAUAUAAGAAGAGAUUAGGUUUAAAAAGAAAGAAAAACCCACGGGGGUUUCCCUUUAAUGACACUUUCUGUCACACUUCCUGUUUUCUUUUCUUGUUAUCUUGGUUUUUUUUUUUCUUCAGUCUAGAUCUGUGAUACUAAUACAGUUGAGUGCGAAAGUUUGCAUACCCUCAGGAAUGUCUGCACGAGGAGACAGAACUGUAUUGUGUUAGGAUGUUACAUUACCACCGGUCAGAAAGUGUUCAUCAUGUAUAGUAAGUUCUUCGUUCCGAAUGUGAAUAAUAAUGUAAAUAUUCUUUAAUAAUGUGUUUGUCUGCGCUUUGGUCUUAAACGUGUCUCCAAUCGCGUUCAUGUUUACAUUUACGGCAUUUGGCAGACGCUCUUAUCCAGAGCGACGUUUCUCAAUUAUACAUCUGAGCAGUUGAGGGUUAAGGGCCUUGCUCGAGGGCCCAGCAGUGGCAGCUUGGCAGUGCUGGGGUUUGAACUCCUGAGCUUCUGAUCAGCAACACAGAUCCUUUAACCACAGAGCCACCACUACCCACCACACAGUACAGGGAUUGAACCCUCGACCUCGGCGUUAUUAGGACCAAGCCCUCGUAUCCUCCUCGCAGCUUUGGGCUCCUCGCUGUAGCCCCAUCACACUUCCUUCCUUCCAUCUGUCAGGUUGUUCGGGUUCUCCUACAUACGUGUUAUAAUUCUGCUACAUUUUCCUUUUCUUUCCAUAUGUUAGGGAUGCAAACGUUUGUCCUCGACCGUGCCAGAAGACACAAUACAACGCUGUACUGUAAUAUAACUGGGAGUAUAAUAGAACUAUAAGUCUGACACUUUUUAUAACCUAGUAUUUUUAAAGCUGGACCGUUUGGACACGGCACCGUAUCGCGUCGUUGGAUAUUCUGAUCUCUUUUGUGACCCGAUCGUUUCCUUGCAUUCAUUUGAACCAAACAACAAAACUGAUUAACGUCUGUUGGCUCAGUAUUGAAUCCCAGCAAGCACGGAAAUAACUUCACGUGUUAAAACGUCUGGAGUCGUCUUUUGAUGGACACCAAAGAGAGAGCACAGCUGGACUCUACAGGAUCUACGGGAUCAGGAAGCGUUGUGUUUUUCCCCCUUUAUAUUGUACGUUGUUGUUGUUGUUGUUUCCCUGUAACCUGAAGCUGUUGAUUUGUUGAUCAGCCCUGAACAGCAUGCGAGUCGCCUUGUCUUUGCACAGUUAUUUAUAUAGACAAGACAUUUAAAAAUGCCGGGUGAUGAUUUCCCUGAUGUGUUUCCUUGAUUAUGCAGUGUGUGUGUGUGUGUGUGUGUGUUUUUGCUGUCGAAUUCUUCAUCAUAUCAGCAUCUGUUGGGAAAUGUUUUCGCUGAACGCGAACAAGCCGAGCGGUGCUUAUUUAUUUGUACACGCUGCAUUAGGACUCGAUGAGCUGCUGAGUGUUUGUGGAUAAUAAUGCUGACCCUGCUAUAAUGAACGCGGGUGCGAUCGUGUAAGUCGUUUCAUUUCUGCCGAACUGAAUCUGUUUUGUAAAAUGUCUCAAACACGUCUGUAUGUUUUUCUUGUAUCGUGAAAUGACCGCGAGACCGUGUGAGAGUCGGUUACGAUUAUCCCGUCGGAAUUUUGCACCAAUUAAAUGCUGGCUAUUGAGGAAGGAAAAAAACGUGUCCGAGCUUUUCAUUCAUUUGAUAUUUCAUUUAACAUCUUGGAAUUAUAAGCAGUCCGUGCAGGAUAUCACAGGGUUUUAUUUUGUGAUCGUUGCGUCCAAAAACGCUCGAUUUCGCAGCGGGUUUUCCCCCGAAAUUUGUGAUGCAACUUGUUUUUUGGAACUUUUUUUUUUUUACGGAAAACUACUCGAAUUGGCAAAAAACGCAAUCACACGAAAUUGUUCGGCACGCUCUUUCGCAGUGAUGUUUGUUGGUAAAUGAGAACUUUUAGCUGUACUUGUGUUCGGGCUUCGGCUGAAUGCGCGUUGCGACGACGUCACGUGACUCGUCUUGGCCAGAAUCCGCGGGAAUUUUGAAACAUUGCAAGCGCCUGCGAAUACUGCGGCGUUUCCUCGAUUUUGCGUUGAGUUCUACGAAAUUCACAAAAUCCUGGAGGGACUGCAUAAGGAAUAUAUGGAAUAUACAAUUGCACCCAUAAAGUUUGCAUACCCCUUGCGGAAUCUGUUAAAUCUUAAUACUGUUAACAGAAAUAAGACGCAUGAUAAAAAUCCCAUGUUGUUGUUUAUUUAGUUCUGUCCUGAAUAAACUAUUUCACAUAACAGAUGUUUACAUAUAGUCCACAAGACAACAGCUGAAUUUAUCAAAAUUACCCCGUUCAAAAGUGAUUAGUAUUUUGUCUUCUGGGAGACAUUUACACCCAUCAUCCUGUUCAAAAGUUUACACCCCCCUGGCUCUUAAUGUAUCGUGUUGCCUUCUUGAGCAUCAGUGAAUGUUUACACCUUUUGUAAUAGUCGUGUACGAGUCCCUCAGUCGUCCUCAGUGUGAACAGAUGGAUCUGAACAUCAUACAGUCGCUGUUGCAAAGGGGUCAAAUAUGCAGAAGAUGCUGGAAAAGUGAAGAAUGUGCAGGACCUGGAGGAUUUUUCUGAAGAACAGUGGGCAGUUUAACUGCUCAGGACAAACAAGGGACUCGUGAAGAACUCUCACAAAACAUAAACACAGUCUCUGAUCAUCCAGGUAACCACACGCAGGAUUAAUAAUCAAGGGUGUGUAAACUUUUGGACGGGGUAAUUUUUAUAAAUUCAUCUAUUAUCUUGUCUUGUGGACUAUAUGUAAACAUCUGUUAUGUGAAAUAGUUUAUUCAGGACAGAACUAAAUAAAAAACAACAUGGGAUUUUUAUCAUCCAUCUUAUUUUGUUAACAGUAUUAAGAUUUAACAGAUUCCGCAAGGGGUAUACAAACUUUUGAGCACAACUGUACAUGCCACUUGAAUAUCCUGUAUGAGAUUAUACAGUAUAACAUUUCUAACAUUUUUGAUUAAGGUCUUGUUCUGCAGAAUAGCAGAGGGUCACGUCGUCGACGUUUCCUUACAGAGCAGU